AUGGACGAGUUCAAAUCACAAGUUAAUACGCAGAGUAUUAUGGUGUAUCGUCAAAAUCCGAACAAAGCAGUUGGCGACCUGACUCCUAAGUCCUGGCGAGGCCUUUCAUCUAUCGCUGUUGGUGGCUUCCUCCUGCUUCGACCCGCUUCAUCGAAACAAGAAAAGAAAGCAGAUGCAUGGAUCGACAAAGGCGGCCGAAGCGACCUCGGAGACAAGUGCAGGAAACGAAAUACUCUGGGGGUGGAUCUACAAAUAUCUGUCAAUCGACGCAGUAGCUAUUCGUUCGUUGGGGUGGAUUAUAGGGCUCCAUACAAACCACAGCUUGGGUUAAACUACACGUGGUGA